GCAAUCUUUUAAGAUUAAGAAAAAUACUGAAAUAGCAAGUCCUACACGUUUCAGCUUGCAGUAUAGGAACGAGAAAUGAGGAACUCACGGAAAAGAGUAACAGGUUAGAUGAUCGACUCCAUUAGACCCCCAGACAAAGGCUUUGGGCUACUGAGACAAGACACCAUUGGUCAUUGGUAAGACAAUUCUUUACUGCAGGGAUCGGUAAAGAAUUAAUGUACACAGCUUCAUUCCUAUAAACGCCAACGUGAUGUGAAGGGCCAAGCGCGUCAUCUUCUCUGGUUUUGGUACUGUGAUUUCAUGAUAGGUUGAAUCAUUUUCUUUGAAGCUAUUGUCUGGCCUCUUGGGAGAUCCAAUUAGGAGGACUCUUCCCGAUGCGUCCCUCUCAUCGUUUCUGCCAGUUCUCCUGUGUCAGCCAAUGGAACGCCCCCCCUUCAUUCAUUAACAACAGCAACGCAAUUAACUGACAGGUAGAAGAAGAAGAAGAAGAAGAAGAUGAUGAUGAUGAUGAUGAUGAUGAAGGAUAGGAAGGAGACAUCCCCAGCUGGAACGCGGCGGGGCAUCGAGGCCCCCACGUCCAACCACAAGCGUCCGAUUGACUUUAUACCGGUAGGUCCCUUCUCCCCAUCUCGAUCCACUCUGGCUUCUCCCAUCGAGCCUCCGUCGCGCUCCAUCUAGCCACUACGCUUCUCCUCCAAUCUCAGGCUUCUACGCCGCUGGGGGAGUUGCUCGGAUUGCUUACCUGACAACUGACUGGAGGGAGUGUGUGGGCCCACUCGCUCUCUCCCGUCCCACAAGGCGGGUAGGACGUCGGGUGUCCACUUAACGAGAACUUGAAGAAUAAUCAAGAAGCCUGUCGCCCCCAAGUCUGCUCGCAUUCGCCUCCGCUACGUGCUUCCAACCAAGCUGACUCCCGAAUUCUAUUUCUUUCACUCUCCUUCCUCCUCGGCCUCGCUGCUACUUCCGCUUCCUCCUGCGAUUCCGUCCGCAGAACUGCAAAGCGUUAGGAGCUGCCGGUGUCAGGGGCUCCCCAUGCACGCCGGCGGGCAUUCUGGCAUUUGAGCGUUCAUACCGAUCCUAAUAUGCCUGCAGGAGAGAAGCAUGGGGUGGGGACGAUGAGACCAGUCGUUGUCUCCCUUCUCUUCUUCCUCCUCCUCGCCACCGACACCAAUGUUGCGUCGUCGGCUUCGGCCUCGGUGAAGUUUACACCCUCCGACAACUACCUCCUCGACUGCGGCGCGUCCACGAGCACCCAGCUCAAUGACGGCCGCGUCUUCCGCUCCGACCCGCAGUCCUCCUCCUUACUCUCCACCAAUGAGGAUAUCAACGUCUCCGCCGACAAUUCCACCGCUGACUCCUCUGUUUCGCCUUUGUACCUCACCGCCAGGGUCUUCAACGGCCGCUCCACCUACAGCUUCUUCGUCUCCAAGCCCGGCCGCCACUGGAUCCGCCUCUACUUGUACGCGUUCGCAAACGCCAAGUACAACCUCACGUCCGCCGUCUUCACCGUGAGCACCGACGACAUUGUCCUCCUCCAUGACUUCACCCCGGACUCGCCGGCCUCCGCUGUCGUCAAGGAGUACCUGGUCGUCGUCUCCGGCGACAAGGUCUCCCUCACAUUCGCGCCCAAGAAGGGGUCCCUCGCGUUCAUCAACGCUGUCGAGGUCGUGUCGGCGCCGGACAAUCUCAUCGCCGAUUUCGCCGCGGCCAUCUCUCCCGCUGGCCAAUUUAAUGGUGUCUCCAAGUUGGCUCUCGAGGUCGCCUACCGGCUCAACGUCGGGGGACGGGAGAUCGUGCCCGUCGACGACACGCUGGGGAGGAAAUGGCGGACCGACGGCGGAUUCCUGAAGGUCCCCGCAGCCGCCCAGAACGUGUCGGUGUCCACCAAGACGAUAAAGUACCCCGACGACGGGUCGGUGACGCCGUUGAUCGCGCCGAGUACGGUCUACUCGAGUGCGGAUGAGAUGGCCAACUCGAACACGGCCGUUCCCAACUUCAACAUCACAUGGGAGAUGGUUGCUGACCCAGCCUUCUCGUACUUGAUCCGCAUGCACUUGUGCGACAUCGUCAGCAAGAGCCUCAACACGCUCUACUUCAACGUGUACAUCAACGGGCUGAUGGCCGUCUCCACCCUCGACCUCUCGUCGUUGACCUCGGGCCUCGCAGUCGCCUACUACAAGGACUUCGCCGUCAACGCCACCACCAUAACCAACUCGACCAUCCUGGUGCAGGUCGGGCCGACCCCCGACUCGGCGUCCGGAACUCCCAACGCCAUCCUCAACGGACUCGAGGUGAUGAAGAUGAGCAACGCGGCGGGGAGUUUGGACGGCCUGUUUGCGGUGGACGGGUCUUACCAUGGCGGUGCGGCCCCCGGUAGCAUCGUGACGAAGGUUGCACCGGGUGUUGGCCUCGCGUUGGGCGCCUUGACGAUGGGCCUGGUGGUGGUGAUGUUCUGCCGGUGGAGGCGGCGGCCAGCGGAUUGGCAGAAGAGGAACAGCUUCUCGUCGUGGCUCCUCCCGCUCCACGCGAGCCAGUGCAGCUUCAUGAGCAGCAGAAGCAGCAGCUGUAGCAAAGGGAGCUACAGGAACCGCUUCGGAUCCCACAAGAGCAAGAGCGGCUACUCGGGCGUCUUCUCCUCCGGUACCAUUGGCCUCGGCAAGAUCUUCACGUUAGCGGAGGUAAGGGAAGCCACGAAGAACUUCGACGAGAAGGAGGUGAUCGGCAUCGGGGGUUUCGGAAAGGUUUACCUGGGCAUGCAAGACGACGGCACCAAAUUGGCCAUCAAACGAGGGAAUCCGUCGUCGGAGCAGGGGAUCAAUGAGUUCCAAACAGAGAUCCAAAUGCUGUCGAAGCUUCGGCACCGCCACCUAGUGUCACUCAUCGGCUGCUGCGACGAGAACAACGAGAUGAUCCUGGUGUACGAGUUCAUGGCCAACGGCCCGUUGAGGGACCAUCUCUACGGCAGCGCCGGCCACCCUCCGCUAUCAUGGAAACAGCGGCUGGAGGUCUGCAUCGGGGCCGCGAGAGGCCUGCAUUACCUCCACACCGGUGCUUCACAGGGCAUCAUCCACCGGGACGUCAAGACAACCAACAUCCUGCUCGACGAAAACCUGGUGGCGAAGGUCGCCGACUUCGGCCUCUCCAAGGCCGCCCCGUCCCUGGAGCAGACCCAUGUCAGCACCGCCGUGAAGGGAAGCUUCGGUUACUUGGACCCCGAGUACUUCCGGCGCCAGCAGCUGACGGAGAAGUCGGACGUGUACUCCUUCGGGGUGGUGCUCUUCGAGGUGCUGUGCGCGAGGUCCGCCAUCAACCCGGCGCUCCCAAGGGAGCAGGUGAACUUGGCGGAGUGGGCGAUGCAGUGCCACCGCAAGGGUCAGCUGGAGAAGAUCAUCGACCCCCACCUGGUUGGCACCAUCAGCCCAGCGUCUCUGAAGAAGUAUGUGGAGGCUGCGGAGAAGUGCCUGGCCGACCACGGAGUCGAUCGGCCGUCCAUGGGCGAUGUCUUAUGGAACCUCGAGUACGCCUUGCAGCUGCAGGACGCGGUCAUGGAACAUCCCGGUGAGGGUUCCUCCGACGAGAAAGCCAACAACGUCGCACAAGAGAGCCCAGUUCGCAAAGGAGAUGAGGGCCACGCCGUGAUCAACGAUGACUCGACCCCGAUUGCCGGUCCACUGUUCCAAGGGAGGUGAAGAGAGAAAGAAACCUUCUUCUGUUCUUCGAUCAGAGGCAGCCAUGACAAGUAUUUAUCAGCGUUCUUCCCGACAACAACAGAGUAAUUAUCAUAUUUCUUCGUUUCUGAUUUUGUUGGUGUGAAUAACACUACGUUUGCAUGUAAUACAGGCUUUGUCUCCAGCUCGAUUGUAUCUUAUUUUUAUCUCACAUAUGAUCAAAACAUUCCUGGUGA